AUGAUAAGGCGAUUUUUACGGUUGUACUCUAUUAAAAGAAACACGCAUUUGAUAUUAGAGGACCUUCAAUCUAUAAAAUUCAAUAAAGAUGAUCUGAAGGCUAUUGAUUCUGCAUUAAAAUUAGUUACUGUGAAACAGACUACCUCCAGCAGCAAGCUAAGCCGCACUAGGGCUAAGCAAGAGUACAUUGACAGGAAACUUGAAGUAAUACGCAAUAUUUUUCCAGGUGAACCGGACUCUGAGUACGUGUCGAUGGAACCGCCAAAUGAUUUGAAGAAUCCUUAUUUUGACGUUUAUUCCAAGACUGUUCUAGAUGAGGACGGGAACAUCAAAUUUGCCGGUACUGAAAGACUAUCUGUGACAAAACUUUUAACUAAAAGAUGGUGCGAACUAAAUCAAAUGUACGAUAUAUAUUCCCGACUUCCAAUAUUUGAGCACCGACAGUUGAAAGUUGGAAAAGUUGAGCAUGAAAAGCUAGAAAAGGCAAUUCAUGGUGUUGCUCCUGCCGUUGAAGAUUUCAUGGAAACGUACGAAUGGGAAUUAGCUGAAGAUGAUACACAUCAGUUAGCAGAUAAUUGGUUCCAGUGUAUUCACAGGUUACUUACUCUAUUUAGCUCGGGUGAAGCUCGUGAAAUUCUAUGCCACGGGUAUAUCGAUUCAAGAUCUUGCCAGUUGAUAGAAGGGCAAGUUAAGGAUGAUAGAGACAUCUUGAUAAGUGGUAUCAUUGAUCACGUAGUUCUAUUUCACGUAAACAACAAUAAGCCUAAAUCUCUCGAGCCGGCUUUGAGAGAGAAAAAUGGCUUUGAUUUAUUAAAGAUCAUUUCAUUCCUUGGAGACACCAUUCCGCAGGCAGAAGACCUAAAAAUCGCAGUGGGCGACGUUAAGACACGUCCUAGAGCAAUUGUACCCAACCAUGCUUCCGUAGUACGAGCAUCAAAGCUUCAGGUCAUGUAUUACCGAUUUUUUUUGGAAAACUUGGGAAAAGACCCCGAAAUCGCAUACCAGAAACUAAUACUGAAUGCUACAAGGAGGGACAUAAACAUUGACACACCAAUCAACAUAUCAAAUCUCAUCUAUUUCAUGGAGAUUGACCCUGCCAUAAGACCUGACCUUGAAAGGAUAAUGCUUGGAGAACCAAUUGGGUUUGAACCUUUUGAUAGAUAUUACCAAUCGGAAUUGGAAAACGGCGACGAGGAUAACAUUGCUAUGCCUUCGGAAAUUGGCGAAGCCAAUGAGUAUAAUCUUUCUCAAUACGCAGAUUUGACAAUGGAAGAGAGUACACUUGAAAAAUAUGGUACGUUUUACCAAAAAUGGGCGAAUCCGCCAACUUUAAGAUACUUCGCUGCUAGAUUGGCUCAAUUGUACGGUACAUUAUUACCGUUAUUAUCCAAUGAUCUAAUGAUAGAAUACUACACUGGUGAUUACAAAUUUUAUACUGAUAAAUUUCAAUAUGAUUCGGCAUUGUUAAAGCAAGAGUGCCACAGCAGCUCCCAAUUUUGGUUUGGGAAACGAUCCGUUGAACCUAUUGUGCCAACAAAGAAGAAUCUAGUGACGUUUUGUAAGUACUGUGAUUUUCAUGAUGUCUGCGGAUGGAGAGCUAAUGGCAACAAGAUGUUCAAACAACUAGGUCCUACCUUAGAAGAGAUAAGUAAACUCUAG